UGAAGUCACGCCCCUUAGCAACAAAAACUAGUGUGAGUGAAGAAUAAAAAUGACCGAUAUUCUUUGUCGCUGGUUAAACGAGGACCUCCAGCUGGAGAAGAGCAUCACUCACGAUAGUUUUGCGGCUGAAAUAUCCAAUGGCUACCUCAUUGGAAUGAUCCUCCAUCAAAAUGGACUACAAGAUGAUUUCAGUAAUUUCUCUAAAAAAAGGACGUCCGAGGCUAAAUUAAAUAAUUUUACAAGAUUGGAGCCGUCACUGCAUCUACUGGAUAUACCAUUUGAUAGCCACGUGGCUCAUAAAGUUAUGGUUGGAGAUAAAGGAGCAUCUACGAAACUAAUGUAUCAAGUGUUUGUGGCAUUAAAUAGAAAAAAGCAAGGUCAUAUAACAGCACAGUCACUAAGAGGUAAUAGACCUUUGGCUAAAGUGAAAAUGGAACAAGUUCAAACUGGGCUAUAUACUCAAUUGAUAAAGCAGCAAACUCCUCGUCAGUUUGAUCUCAACUUUCAGCAGUUGGUGGAGAAGUUCCAAGAGAAGAAGAAAGAGAGAGACCAAAUCAUAGCAAAGAAAAUUGAUAUUGAAGAGGAAAGGUUAUCCAGGGAAAGGAAGGAGUCAUGUAAAGCUGCCAUUGAGAAACAACGGAUGAAGAGAAUGAAGCAGAAUGAAAUGUACAGUCAACUGAAACCACUGGAUCUACCAAAACCCAAACCAAAAACUGCUCCUCAGUUAAGUGCAGAUAGCUAUAGAACUGGCACUGGAAGGAAUAAGAGAAUAGCAUUGGACACUCAAGCUGAUAUUGAUGCAUUUGAAACUAAACUAGCCAACACAGAUCCAGCAAUCUCUAAUGGAUUAUCCCCUCCUGUACCUCAGACUGUUGAUUUUAAUGAUAAAUCUGGUACUGAUUAUAUGGUUCAUAUUAAGGAGAGGGUACAGGAAGGAAUGAUAGCAAGAAGGGACAGAGAGAGGAGGAGAAGGAAAGUACUGAUGAGUCAACUAAGAGCAUUGAAAGAACAAGAGGAGCACAGGAGGGAUCAGAUAAUAGCUGACAGGCUCAACCGUCAGUCGUUGCAGGAGAAGAGAAUAGUAACACAACUGAUGCAGAUCCGUAAAGAGAAAGACAACAUUAGAGAAAACAGGAUUUUGAGACAGAAGCAAUACGAAAAGGAAAGAGAGAGAGAAUUUGUACUUGCACUUGAAAGAGAAGCUUUGGAGGCUAAAAGAAAAGCUGUUGUUGAGGAGAUAUUGUUCAAAGCUAAACAAGACAAGAGGAAGCAGCUGCUUCAGGAGAGAGCGAGAGAGAAUUACGAGAAACACUAUCAGAUCUGUCGCUCUAUCAUACUCCAAAUGGUGGACCUAAGCACAAAGAUUGGAGAAUACAGGGAACUCACUCAAUGUGCUAUACCGGUUAAGAUGAUACGUGAUUGGAAGCUAUUGUUUCUAUUCAAUAAACCACUUUAUGAGGACAGUGGCCUUGUAACUGCUACUGAAGAGGAAGAAGGAGAGAAAGGAGAGGGAGAGAGAGAAAAAGGAGGAGAGGGAGAGAGCGUCAGUCUCCAAUCUACUAGUUCAGUCGAUGAUAAAAAUGCUGAAGCUGACGAUAUACUUGAUGAUGCUGAUUUACAAGAAUAUCUACAAGUAACUAACGAGUGGUCCAGUGAUAGUACUGAGUGUCCUCAUCCUCCUAACAUGGUAUUGUCUCAUAUUGUGUAUCGACUCAUUGAACUAGUCAAACCACCUCAACCUCCUUCCAAUCCACCCUCAUUGCCUAAGUUUUAUCUAAAAGGAUCAUUUGUUGGUCUUCCAUUUACUGGAAAAACUUCAUCACUUAAAUACAUCAAUGAAACUCUUGGUGUCCUAAUACUGAGUCCUAAUGAUUUGGUGAUGAAAGCUAUUGAAGUGUACAAGUCAGAGCUGACAGAGAGAUACACCAGUGGGCCAGCCUCACUCUCAUCAGUGGAAGAGGAGGAGGAGGGAGGAGAGGGGGAAGGGGUCAAGGCUGCUAGUGUCAAAGAUGAAGAAGAAGGAGCUGAAGAAAAUGAAGAAAAAGAUGCUGAAGACUCUAAGAAGCAAAGCCCUUUUGAAUUAUCUUCAUUGGGUCAGUUAGGGGAACAAGCUUACAGCUCAGUAUCCAAUGGCGAACCAGUUGAUGAUUCCACUAUUGUUGAUAUCAUUGUACAUGAAUUAAAGGAGCUUGAAGAUGGGAGCAGUUGGGUAUUAGACAAUUUCCCUACUACCCUCCAGCAAGCACUAUUGUUGGCUAAAGGAUUGACUGGUCAAGGCUUGAUGAGUCUAAAGGAGCAGUCGAGUACAGCAGAACUGAGGACACACCAGUUCAUAUUAAUACCUGAGAGAGAAGUGGAGGAGGAGGAGUUGUUUAAUCUACAUGCUGUGUGUGGUCUUGAUAUUGUGGUACACUUCAAUGCAUCGUCUGAUAAUAUAUUCAAGAGAUCCGUCAAACCUAGUUCAGAUAAUGUUGCAAGAGCUGAUAUUCAACAGUGUUUGCUUUCCUUUGAUUCAAACUGGCCUCAGAUAAAGAAAUGGUAUAAUCGCUUUAGGACUAUUCAUAACAUUGACUCCAACAAGAGCUUCACUGAGGUACUCAUGGAUGUGUAUGAACUUAUUGACGAAAAACUUCUCAGAGCUCGUCAGAAUGAAGCAAUGAAGAAACUAGGAAUAAGAACGUUCAGUCAGCAGAAGAUGGUAUUGAUUAGCAAGAGCAUGAGUCGUAUGUCCCUCAUCAACCCGAUCCCGUCAGUGCAAGAAGAUGACCUUCCUGCAGUUCCUCCUCCUAACUUAAAGACUCGUGGAAGGAGACCCUCUUCAGCUGGUAACAGUCCACUGCAAAAGUUUAGAUCCAAGAGCCAGUGUUCACCGAGGAAGGGGUCGGACGAUAUUACAAUGACAAAGAAAGGAACUAGAAAGAGAGGGAGAGGCAAAGAGCGAGAAGAUGAAAGAGGGCCAGAGAGUGCUGCAGAUCAAACACUGACAAUUCCUUCAGCUGAAUCAGAGCUAUUCUUAUUGCUUGAUAUAACAGCAGAGCCUGGAGAGGAGGGCUGGCAGUAUUGCUCGCUACCAGUGCACUCUAGUCUCGUCUCUAGCCUGGCCGAGAGAUGGCCCGAGGCUGAGAAGAUUUAUGCUCUUUCGUUCCGUGAUGCUUUUAGGUGUCUGAGACAAGAGAGAGAUGCACUCUGUCACUAUAUAUUCAGUAAAAGGAAUGAAUUGAUAGAGUUUUUGAAGAGGCCGGACUGUAAGCAGGAGUUUGUGUCUCAAUGGCAGCGGAAGUACAAUGAACUAUCACUGAAUAUGAGGCAGCAGGACUUCAUGAAAUCUGAACUGCACCACAGAGUUGAUGAUCUGUGUGAGAAGUUAUGGGAUAUUUGUGACGUCCGUAAGACGGACUCGGAGAAAGAGAGACAGAGCAUCAUUGAUGAUAACUGGCUCCAGGAUCAUGUGGGACUCAUAUCAAACCAUUACAUAUCACUAAUGCAGGCUGAGCUGACAAAGUUUCAAGAUGCAGUUUUGUUGCUAAAAGAUUAUUAUCUAUCAAUGACAAGUGAUGUCCCAAGCCCUUUACCUGACUGUAAUUCAAGAAUACCUAUAAUUGAACUGACGGUUCCAGAGGAAGAGUCUCAGUCAACCACUGCCACUGAUGGAGGAGGAGUAGCUGAGAAAAAUAAAGAAAAUAAGAAAGAAAGUCCUAAGCCAAUGGAAGAAGAUAAAUGUGUCCCCCUAUUAAUAAGACAGUUAAUCACAGUACCGGAGGCUCCUCCUGUUGAAGAGAAAGGUCGUAAGAAGGUUGAGCGUGAGCCGACUCCUCCCCCAGCAGGGACUGAGGACAUAUCUGAACUAUCACUAGACACACAACUGAUAGUGCACAGUUAUAACACAGCAUUAGUCCUAGCAUCUAAACUAUUGAAUAAGGAGAUUCGUCUGAUUGAAGAAGCAACGGCUGAAGCUAAUAAACCCCCCGAGAACCCGACCCCACUACCCACCGAACAAGAGGAGAAAGCCUCUGGAAAAGGAAAGAAAGGCGGAGCUAAGAGUCCUGCUGGUGGUAAGAAAGGUAAGACCACACCCACUAAGACCAAAGGGAAAGGAGCUCAGUUGGAGCCUGAAAAAGCCGAGACUCCAGCACCAGUGAAUGUUCCUCCUUCUCCGGCUCAACUGGCAAUGAAGCAGAAGAUGGAGAACAUGAGACGAGAGCACACUGCAGCAUUGAAACAUGAAGAAAAAGUUUUAAUUGAUCGACUGAAACUGAUAAAGGAGAAAGCAGUUCAUUUUAUUGAACAUCUCAAGGUAACCAUGUGAUUGGCAAUUAAACUACAUUUGUACAUGU